GCGGGGCUUUUCCUGCGCUGGCGCAUACUCCCAACAUCGAGACAAGUAAAAUACUCUUCAUCAGCUCAGUACGUACGGUUUUACGACUACGACGAGACACUAGGGAUAUCAAUGAUGUCCUGGAAAAUUUAUUGAUUUUUAUUCUCGUAAGAAUCCAAAGAAUUUCAAUACUAUUUCGUUAUUUCACGAGGUACUUACAGUGAUUACAGCAGUAGUGGACGUAGUACAGAUAUUUUGGAACAUAAGAUCAUUUAUGAUGCUAUUGAACAAUAAACCUUCUCCAAUCGUUUCCAUCAAUCCAAUGUCACAGACAACGACAAUUCGGUGACUGAUAUCAACAAUCGAUAACUCGAAUAAUAAAAAUGGACGAACAGAAAAAAUCCCUGUGCCCACGACUCGUGGAUUACAUGGCCAUUGUCGGCGCAAGGUCAUGUCCAGGCUCGAGGCAGCCUGUUCAGGUGCCAGAAUUACUGCGCCGUUAUCCAGUGGAGGAUCACAAGGAUUUUCCAUUACCACUCGACAUGGUGUAUUUCUGUCAGCCAGAAGGAUGCACCAGUGUCGGCCCUAAACGUACGGUGUUGAGAGAAGCUACGUCAUUCACCUUCACCCUCACCGACAAGGAUUCAGGCAAAACGCGUUAUGGAACAUGUGUAAAUUUUUAUCGUCCAGUGGAGAGAAUAACAAGUUCAACCACAACAGGGAUGAGGAUCCGAAAAGACAAGAAUGAUCCAAAAUUGCGCAAAGAAAGUUGGCGAAAGAGCAUGGAAAAAAGCUCGGAUUCAGCUUUCUCAAGCGACCACAGAAGUAGUGCCAUUGGGCCUAGCGAUUCAGACAGAGAAUAUCCCAGCAGAAGGGAUUCAGACACACCCAUGGCAACGCGAGCACCGCGUCUGGGUAUAACUGCACCGAGUGGAGACAGUGAGAGUGGUGGCAGCCAUUCACCCUCACCCAGGGCAUCACGACGAAGGCAGAGGAUUAGAAAUCACUCGCUUACUUCUCUCUGUAUCAUCUCGCAUCAUCCAUUCUUUUCACGAUUUCGAGAAUGUUUAUUCGUAUUGAAACGAAUUAUUGAUGCCUGCAACGACAACAUGUCACCACAAAAGGUUGGGGCAUCGAGACAGAUUAACAGAGAUUCCGUAUGGAGUGUCCUCGCCAAUCAAUGUUUCGAAGGCGCCUCCUCCCUGGUUCUCCACGACGUCCGUGAGAUAGAAACCUGGAUACUCCGGCUGUUGAGUGCCCCCGUCCCAGUUCCCGAAAAAACACGUCUUGAAAUGGAGAUAGUCUCGCCCCAGAUUUACCCGGCCCUUUGCUUUGCUCUUCCAGAUCACGUUCGAUUUUCCCUCGUUGACUUCCCCCUCCACUUACCCCUUGAGCUCCUUGGGGUGGAUAUUUGUCUCAAAGUCCUGACACUAAUACUCCUCGAGCACAAGAUAGUAAUGCAAUCACGUGACUACAAUGCACUCUCAAUGUCAGUGAUGGCGUUCGUAACAAUGAUCUACCCCCUGGAGUACAUGUUCCCAGCAAUUCCAUUACUUCCAACAUGUAUGAACUGCGCCGAACAACUGUUAUUGGCCCCCACCCCCUUCGUCAUAGGAAUUCCCGCGUCAUUUCUGCUGUACAAAAAGAACUUCGACCUUCCCGAUGACAUUUGGCUGGUAGAUCUAGACAGCAAUAAAAUAACGCCGCCAUCAGGACCCUGUGAGCACCUUCCAGCCCUCCCGGAGCCGGAAGGAUCAAUCCUGAAGAAUCAUCUGAGACAAGCGAUGCAGCUAAUGGACCAGGCUGGCUCCAAUAUCAUCCCCAGCGUUCCAGGGUCCCAGAGAUCGUCAAUCUCCCCUCAACCUGGGCUUUCAUCGCCAUCACGUCGAGAGAGUACUUCAUCUCAUCAGUCAACCCUCAGUGUCAUCUCCUCCACAAAACAUCGAGCCAGUGUAGACGUUGGAGGGAGUCACAGCCCCAUAAGUUCCCCUGGAGCCUCUGGUGCCUCUUCACCGAGUAGAAACUUCACUCCUCCCAUCCAGAAAUCACCGCAACCUCCCUUCAACCCUUUCAUCUACGGCAAUGAUGUCGAUUCGGUGGACGUAGCCACUAGGGUUGCGAUGGUUCGUUUCUUCAACUCCCAGAAUCUACUGGCGAAUUUUACCGAGCACACCAGAACUUUGAGGCUGUACCCGAGACCUGUCGUUGCUUUCCAAAUCAACUCAUUCCUCAGGUCGAGACCAAGGACGAGUGAGUUUCUGGAUAAAUUUGCGAGGACACAGGCUGUGGAGUUUUUGGCUGAGUGGUCACUGACGCCAAACAAUGUGGCCUUCCUGAGGGUACAAACUGGAGUAUUUGAUCCAGCACAGAUUGGAGAUAAGCCUAAGUGGUAUGCAGCUUCGUUGGAGCCCAUUCAUUUUUCGGUCUGGGAUAAUUGCAGUUCAUUGGUGAGUGCGCUGAAGAGCAUCCAGGAAAUGGAGAACCAACCGACUGACGAGAGUGGGUCGGACUCCGAGGGGGCGGAGAGCACCAGCUCGAGUUACUCCUCGCUCAGUGAUUUUGUCUCUGAGAUGGUGUCGUCAGAUUUAUCACCAAGCUACAACUGUCAAUCUCAAACAGCACAGCCACAAGUGAUGUCCCUGUCAGUGGAUCCUAAAAACGUUUACAAUCCACCAGAUACACUCCAGUACCCAGGAAUUGAGGAUGACGUACAGGCACGUGCAGACAGUCCACCGAGUACAUCCUCGAGUCACAGUGAUUUGAGUAGUCCAAGUUUUAAUCGGGAUUCUGAGUUAGAAUUGAUACCAAAGAGCCAAGAACAAUUUCAACUCCCGAAGCACCAGCCAAUGCCGAUGAUCCCAAGUCUGGAGAGACAACCGAGUGCCGGACACCUCACAAGUAGAACCUCGAGCUUUAGCAGUCCAGUGGCACCUCUACCAACUCGUCAGAUCAGUGGUGAGAAUGGAUCGCCUCGUAGAAGCCUGACAGGAAUACCACCAGAUUUUCCUGUACAUCCAUCCCUCCCACAAAGACAGAACAGUGGAGGAAGUCCAGGAAGUGGAAAUGGAGUGCUCAGACAGGGCUCUCAGGGCUCCCUCUUCGAGCAAAUUGCUCAUCAGGCCAAGGAUUUGGUUCGGGAAACUACUAGGCAAAGCAGUCAGGAUGGAUUCCUCGCUCACAUGGAUAAAUUCAAACAUCAUGCUAAGGAGAAGAUCACUGAAGUUGGUGAGGACAGUCCAUUUGCUGCUCUCGAGCAUUUAACUCAACAAACUAAGAAAGCUGUGGAUGAGGCCACGAAGUCGGUACAAGAGGCAUCAAAGAGUGCAAUGGAAGCGGGAAAAACUGCUGCUGGUGUCAGCAAAAAUACUCUGGAUGACUUGACUUAUGUGGGAAAAAGUACGAUUGGGGAUUUAACGAAAAGUGCUAAGGAAGUUGCCACUAAAAAAGGUCUACUCAAGAGCUUGGGAGACUCUCAACAAUCGCCACCACACACUCCUCCCUCGCCAAGUAUGCAACAAAGAAGAGAUGCCAACAAUACUCAACUGGUAGCUCCAGAGACAAGAGCUAAACGUGACAUCGGCCGUGACUUCUUCAGUAACGUCAGCAGUGAUAUAAAUGGAAUAGCAGCCCAGACGAGUGACAUGUUCAGUGGUCUAUUUGGUAAUAAAGGUGGAAAUAAGAAUUCUGGUCUCUUGGCUCAAGGGCAAAAAGGGAAAAAUAAAUCACCCACUUUCGGGCCAUUCAAGCGAGGAAAAACUGGAAAUGUGGAAAAAACAUCUUUGAUAAAACAUUCAGCGAGUAGAGACAAUCGUGAAGAUCUUCAGAGGAUGCAAAAUACUGAGAGAACCAAUACUAAUAGUGACAAUCAGGCAUUUUUGACAGACGUGGUCCAUCAGGUGUUGGAUGGAGAGGGGGUUGGAUUUUUCAAGUUGAAUCGAUUGAGAAAACUUAUGGAGGAUGAGAGUUACCGUGAUCUCGUUGUUACGAAGUUGAAUAAAGGAUUGAAUCGCCGAAUCAGUCCUGAUGAUCAUAUCGAUGAUGUGUGUAUUUCUCGGGGAGUCUACAAAGGAAUGCUCAUGUGCCUUCAAGCAGUAUCCCACGGUUUGAAUUCAACUUACGAAAAUUUCGGUUUGGGCGGUAUGGCAUCGGUUUUUCAAUUGAUGGAAAUCGCCCACACCCACUACUGGAGUAAAGAUCUGUCGGAUGGGGCAUUAGAGGGACCUCUUAUGCUUCAAGCAAGUUCAUACGGUAGUCAUGAUAGUUUAAGAUCUCACCCACCGUCAAAGCAAUCAGAAUAUGGUGAAGUAACAAGAAAAUUAUCAUCCCAAGAUCCUUCGCAAGUGCGUCUCGAAAUAUCUCAUGCUUCGUCAGCACCAGUACACUCUGAUAAUAAUCAAUCCACUACGGAUUUAUUUCUCGAUAUGUUUUCGAAGAAGGGAAAGUUGCUGAGUAAACUGGCAUCCUUUGAUUCUGAAGGCAAUAAAAGUUCAUCAGCACUCUCGAGUGAUUCUCAAUCUUCUGAUCGAAGCAGUAUAUUAAAUCACCCGGCAUUUCGACCAUCCAAUCAAUCAUCAAUUCGAAGUGCUGUAUCGGACAGCGAAGUUGAUGGCAAUAGUCGUGACAAACGCUCAGGAAGCAUAUGGUCUAGUAAAUCAUCUCUCAGCACUGGUUUCAGAUAUCAUGGGGGUAAUUUAGUGACCACUGCCACUACUCCGAGUCCUGAGGCUGCUAGGACUUAUUUAUUUGAGGGCUUAUUGGGCAAGGAACGCUCUCGUUUGUGGGAUCAAAUGCAAUUUUGGGAAGAUGCGUUCUUAGAUGCUGUGUCGCAGGAGCGGGAUAUGAUAGGGAUGGAUCAAGGGCCGGGAGAGAUGAUGGAGAGGUACAAAAGUUUGAGCGACAGCGAGCGUCGACGACUUGAGCACGACGAAGACAGAUUACUAUGCACUCUACUUCAUAACUUAACAGCAAUUUUAGUGAUGCUGAAUGUUACUAAGCUCGAGGUCAAGAGAAAAGUUCGAAGAUUACUGGGAAAGAGUCACAUCGGGCUCAUUUACAGUCAGGAGUUGAAUCAACUGCUCGAUCAAAUUGAUAAUUUGCACGGGAAUGACAUCGAUUUGAAGCCACUGACGUCUCGACAAAUGCACAGACAAUCGUUUACCGUCCAUGCUGGUACGGAUGCCGACGGUGAAUUACGUUUUCUCGAAGUACGGCACGACGGACUCGUUUUGAGAUCGGUAAACGGUGUAAUUGUCGAGCGUUGGUGGUACGAGCGUCUUGUCAACAUGACCUGCAGCCCCAAAAAUAAAGUUCUGUGUUUGUCUAAGAGAAAUGUUGAUCAACUCGAACUUCACAAUUAUUACACUAAAAAAUGUAAAGACCUUUAUUACUGCAUAAAAGACGCGAUAGAAAAAGCAGCAGCUCGAGGUCGUGCGAAUCUCGGUGUCGAGCUUGGCGAUGAAUUCCCGGUACAGGACAUGCGCACCGGCGAGGGUGGUCUUCUUCAAGUUUGCAUUGAGGGUGUAGGCUUACUUUUUGCCAAUAGCAAGUCUAGUCAGUUGGACAAUAAAGAAAAUAACAAACAAUACGCAGUUCGAUAUGUGUAAACAAUGAGUUAAACUACUGAGCGUAAUAGAUGGCGGUGAAGUAAUAAAAUAAAGGAUUGGAAUGUCAUGGGCCGACCAAUAAAUUUACCGAUAAAAACAUAUCUACAAAGUAUUUAUUCGCAAUUACUUGAUUAUCUGAAAUUGGUUGAACUAUUUUUCAGUAAGCUCACAAUUUUGUUAUUUAUUCGGAUAAUUUUUUGUGUUUCAUUGAUUCAUUUUACUCAUUUUCUAUUUACAUUAUGUUUAGUUAUUAUUUUUGAGAAGGACCACUCAAGACUACCCCUCUCCCCACUCUCUACUUUAAUUAAAAAAAGAUAUCUAGGUUCAAAGCCGAUUGUAACAUUUACAUACCUCUGAUUCUUAUGUAUAAUCUAUUUCCAUAAUUUAUUCUACCAAAGUAGUUAACAGGACAAGUUAGUUUUGGACUUCUUCUGUACAUUAAAGUCAUACAGGAAAAUUGCAAAAAAUCGUGAAAUUGUAUAAUUAAAUUCGAGACAUUCUUUGACUCUCUCCUAUUUUGUUAAUUAAUCGAUUGAUUUACCUUUUAAAACCAUUUCUAAAUGUUUUUCUUUGCAUGGAGCUCGAUGUGCAGCAACAGUCUCUAUUUUAUCUGUAUCCAAAUUAUACUAUUAUAUAUCCGCAUUCUAUAUUUAUAUUUUUCAUUUUAUAUUCCCGUAAAUUUUUAGUUCAUCAAAAGGGAAAAUCAGAGAUAAAGUCCCACAUCGAUUGCUGUUUUUUUAAAAUCAUUAUACUAUAAAUUUUUAUCAUUAUCCGAUUAAGAUCAUACAUAUAUAUUUUUCGUAUAUUGAAUGUUGAAUGCCUACUAAAUAUUAUACAACUAUUUUGGAUUGAUAAUGAAAAAAAGAUGAAAUUUAAAAAACCAGCUGAUAUUUUAUGUCUGGUAUUCAAACUUGUUAGAAAAAGUCUAUUUGCACAACUGAUGUGUGCUAUACUCUGUAAACAUUAGUUGAAACAUUUGUCGUGCUUACUUAUGAAUUAAUUUAAUUAUGUGAAUAAUAGAUUGUUCUUUUGAAAUAAUUAAAAAAAUAGACUUUUUUCAACUUUUAUCGGGAACUUUUGAGAUGGUCCUUGAACAAUAAUUUAUGUAAUAUUAUCAAUAAUAUUGAAGGUAAAAACAACUGUCAGUAGCGGUGUAUAUCAGACAAUUAUUUUUAUUUAGAGAGAGGAAAAAAAAUCGAUUUAUUUCUUAUUCUGCUCUUUCUGUUUUUGUCCUGUCUCACGACAUUGCCCUCGCUGGACAAACAGGAUUUCGAGGUAUUGAAACUAAUCAAGUGACUCAUUGUUACAAUUCAGUAUAUCCAUUAAUUUUAUAAUUCAGUGUUGGCCGUUUUUAUCAUUAUUACUUUUAUCAUUUGAAAGAUUUAUUCAUAAAUGCUUAUCUAUGAUUUUAUAUGAUAUAUAUUAGUUUUAUUUUUAGCAGUGCUAAGAGUAUCUAAACUACAUAUACCCUUUUUCAAAAUCGCAUAAUAUUCAUUUUACAAAUAGAAAUGCUCUGUCCUACUUGACUGUUUACCACUAAAAUUGGUGUUAGUUGUGAUUAAAUGUUUUCAAAUAAUUCCAAUAUUGAAAUUAGAUGAAAUAUAUUGAACCAAUACCAAAACCAAAUUCAAUAGUUUAAUCAUCAAUUAUCAUUGAUUAUAAAUUUAAUUUUUACUCUAAUAUUUGCUGGAGACAGUGCAAAUUACAAAAUUUACUGGUGAACAAAAGAAUUGCUGCAUGAUAUUGGCAAUCAUAUUAAUUUGCACAAUCUCCACAGCCAGUUAAAGGGUCUAUCAGAAACAUCUGUAGUUGUGCUAGUUUUUUUGUCAUUGAUUUAUAUUUACAUUCAGUUCUUAGCUAAAAUAUAUUUGAAAUCGAUGAAUCCGACCCUUUCGGCAUGUUUUUGUAUUUGCUCACCUUUGGGGAAGGCGCAAAAUCUGAAAAGAGGUCAUAUAUGCGGCAAAGUGUUGGAAUGAGAGCAGUCUAAUAAUCUCAUAUCAAAUAUAUGUCGAAAAUUCAUAAACUGGGAAAGUGCGUCUUUUUGGUCAUAUCACUUGCGAACAAUUUUAGGAAGUGAUUUAGCCAAAGAAUCAACUAUAUCACAAUAAACGAAAAAACCAAAAAAGAUGCAUUUUAUUUUCAAAUAUUCAUGUUCAAUUGAAAAAUCAAUCGAGUGGGGAAACAUCUAUUUAUGUGAAAUUUUUGAAAAAUUUCCAACAGUGUAGUGUUCUUUCAUCAAAACAUAGAAAAUAAUCCCAGAGUUUGAUUGUCUCUUUUCAUCAUUCUGCUGCUGAUUCAUUCGGUUUUGAAUGAAAAAAUCACGAAUAAUAUAAUGAGUGCGCUACAAGCCUGCCUAGAGGCUCUAAUAGAAGGCAAUGGAUUGAAACAAUGGGUUGGUCCAUGGCACCGUAACACUAAAUAUGUUUUAUCGAUGUUCCAACAUUACACUAACACAAUUCACGAAUUCCAAUAGAAAUGUGGCACGUAGAACAAUAAACAGAGAAGAAAACUUUUUUUUUGUAUUAGAGAAAAAUGGAGAUAUUGACAGAGAAGAACAUUUUUGGCAUACUCUAGGGUAGUUUAUAAACUAGUUGAAUAUCCUUCACCGCUCGUUCAUUAAAAAAACACACAUUC